AGGUGAUUUAUGAAGAGAGUUGUGAAGAGAGUGAGUGGACAGAGGACGUGGAAUAGGAGUGAUAGGAGGUUUGUGAUGGGAAUGGGUGGAGGUAGUGGUAGGAUGAAAAUGCUGUUUAGACCAAGAUUUAGGCAUUUUUGGGGAGAUGCUCAGAAGAGUGGAUGUGAGUUGCAGAAAUUUGAUAGGGGUAAAUUUAUAUGAGAGAUGGGAGAAAGCACUGGGUUCGACUGGGAUGAGUAUUUCAGGUCUCUUGCUGAAUUAAAAUUUGAUCAAACUGUACUUAAUCCUCAAGAAUUCACUGAUACAGCAAUAUGAGCAUUAUUUUCAGUUAUUGAACACUCAAGUGUAGCUUUAUGUGAAGUUGGGGAGAGAAAUAAUGUUGUUUCUCUCUUAACAUCAACUCAUAAAGACACUUUACUCUACUUAUUAACACAGUUGGAUAAAACAUACAGAUAUUCUUCGGAUCACCAUUAUAAGCUAUUCUGCACCCUUGGAUAUCUUUUGCCAUACAUAGAGUGAAAGAAGAGCCAAGAAAAAGCUUUGAAGAUGUUCAAUAAAUGCAAAUAAAGCAUUAAGCAUUCCAAAGGGAUCAGAAUUCAUUAAAGAAUCUGUCAACUUGAAAUCAAUUUCAAAGUUCUUUCUCAAAGAUCUCUACUUCCAGCCGUUGGCUGGAAGAGAUCUGAUCUUUCCAUCCAAAAGGGUUGGAGAUAUGCUUGACUGAGUAGGAAUGUUUGUUGAAGGAAAUAUCGACCCAAUCAUCAAUGAAAUUUUCGAAAAUUUCUCUGAAUUACAAAAGGCGUCUCCUGAAGUAUUGAUCAGAGUAAUAUCCAGAUGAAGUCUGGCGGGGGAAACCCCUACAGCUUCUCAGGAGCAUCUAGGAUUACUCCUUGCGUACUUAGUUCCAGCCUUGUGUAAUCAGUUGUACUGAUACAGAGGAUUAUCUGGUUCAUACUUAUCAGCAUGUCUCAGGCCUUCGGUGAAACUCCAGCAUCUUCUCACACAAGCUGUGGGAGAAGAAGAAGCAGCGAUGAUGCUUGAGAGAUUAAGGAGAGAAGUCAUAGAGCAUUGUAAAAGACUUGGCUUAGAUCAAAAAGACGCUAGAAUUUGGAAGAUACUGAUAGAGGAAGGAGAAUCAGAGAUUGAUGAAUGUGAUAAGAAGAUGGAGACUUUGAGUAUGAUUGAAACUAUUGAAGGAAUGGAGCAAAGCUGAGCUGAGGUUUUAAAAGAGGCUAUUUUGUUUUUGGAGGAUUUAGAGGGUUUAGAUGGCCCUGAAAUAAAUGAUGAUGUCAACCUUAUUAUGAAAUUUUUAUGGAAUAUGAAAAGAUUGGGCUAUGACAAUGAGGAUUUAGAUCAUGUAAUUGAGAAAAUUCUAAAUAAAUUUAUCAGCCAAUCAAAACUUGACCUUAUGAACCGCAAAUACAUUUAUUCAGGAGGAUUUAUGGAUGAUAUGUUUGGAGAAAAUUUUGAUAUUCAAUCAAAAGCAUCUGAUAUCUUCUCGACCAUCAAAUCUAAUCCUCCAACUCAAUCAAGUUUACUUUCAAUGAUAAAAUCAACAAAAUUAGAUCUCUCUUCAGCCCCUUCUCCUUCUGAAUAUCUUUCAAGCACCAAAGAGAAGUUAUCCUCUCUCUCAUUCUUAUUUUCAAAGACCUCAGAAGAAGAUACAACUUCCCCUCCGAUCCUCAAAUUCCAUAUCUACGCUUCCCUCCUCACCCACCCACUGCCCACCUCCCUUCUUCUCUUCUGCUGAAAAUCCCUCACAAAGCCCUUCAUCCUCCAGAACCCUUCCUUAUUCUGCACCUUCAUCACCCACCUCCACUCAAGAGCUCCUCUUGGCUGUCCUGCCUGCCCCUGCAGGGGCAGGGGAGAAGCCACCGACUUGUGUUGAGGGAAAUUGGAGGAGAAGUUGUACAGAAGGAUGGAGGAAGUGCAGGCUUCACCUUAUGAGAUUGUAGAGCCGGUUGUUAUUGAGGUGUGGAGAAAUGGGGUGUUCACAGAUGAAUUUAGACAUUUUUACAGACAGAAGGUGUAUAGGGAUUAAGUGAAGAAAUAUAGGAGUGAUUUUGAUGUUAUGGGGAGUUAAUGCAG